UUACCUUCAGUCAGGCUGAAUGACGCCUAUGGGGGCAGGAGCUCCAGCAAACCCUGCUUGGGCAAAGUUUGUCAUCAACUUGAGCCUUGGGUUCGGUUGACGCGCCUCUGACGCGUGUCCCAUGCUUACAGCACGAUUCUCGAUCAGAUAGAAUCCGCAUAGCCGCCGAACCAAUGAACGAUCGGCUCCCCGCUGCUAAAUGAGGGUUGAGGGUCUCACAAGGGCUCUUUCUUCUGGCGACGAGGGUUUCAACUUUCGAGUUGUGCUCGUUCGCACUUUGUAGAAACCCUAACGGUGAAGUGCUGGCGAAUCCGCUAGCUUUCACCCCGUCUCUCAGACCCUAGAGCUUGCAGUUUCCCACACCCCGCGGUUCAUCCGUGCAUUCCGAUUCUCCCUUAGCUACCAGCGAAUGCUCGAAAGCCCUGCACAUCUUUCGCCAUCUUCAGCGCUGUGGCUCCACCCAUUUUUGACUCCGUCGCUAGAACAGCGUAAAAUGGCCGUUCUCAUUGUCGUCCGCACAACCCCCUGACUUCCGCAACUUACCGAGCUCAACGGCGGCCCAGAUUCAGCAAACGCUUAAUUCCAGUAGACCGUUUUGCAUAACAUCACGAGGAGGACUUCUCUAGGACCGUACCUAGACACGUCGCAAGGUGCUUAUUUCAAAACAGUAACAGCUUGGGCUGUUCUCAGCGUAACACAUCGGAAAGCCUGAAGCAGCCUCACAGCUGUCAGUGACAGCAAUCCAAGGCAGGCCGGACCGGAGGAAUGGCUGGUGGAGGUGGGUCCGACAGCGAACAUGAGCGGGCGAGGCUGCGCGCGUGCACGUCCGACAUCAAGGCGGCGGACCAGAUGACUGCGGAGAGGAGCACGUGCGACGCGCUGGGCUUGCUCCACCCCAGCGGCUGCCGCUUCCGCAUCUGGAACGGGCUCGUGCACGUGCUGGUGAUGUGGUCGUCCUUCUGGGCCACGUUCGAGUUUGCCUUCCUCGCGAGUCCGUCGCAGGGAGUGCUCUACUUCGACGGCGCCGUCUGCCUCCUCUUCCUUGUCAACGUCGUUCUCACAUUCAACGCCGCUUAUCGCUGCUCCAAGUCCCUCCGCCUCAUCACCUCUAAGAGGCAGAUUGCCUUGCGGUACGCUUGCGGUGGGUUGGCUCUGGACCUGCUGUCGUCCAUCCCCUGCAACCUUAUCUAUUUCUGGGCCCAUGGCGAGCCAGCAUCCGGGGCUUUGGGAUACGUUUUUCGAGGCCUCGUUUGCCUGCGCCUCUACAGAGUUGCGCACUUCUACCACGCCUUGUCCUUGCUUGGAAGGUCGAAUCGCCCCACGUAUUUCGCCAUCCGUAUCUUCAAACUCGUUCUGAACAUCGUCCUGUUGUCGCACCUCUUCGCCGUGGCCUACUUCUUCCUCACUCUCAUGGAGCCUGACCCGGAAAACACCUGGAUCGGCCAGGGGAUCGGCCCGGACUGGCCUGAACAGACCGUGUUCCUGCAGUACGUGGCGGCCAUGUGGUGGUCCAUCUUCGUCAUCACCAGCAUCGGACCCGCCUACACCUCGGUCACCACAGCUGAGCAGAUCUUCAGCUCCGUCUACGCCCUCUUCGGCAUGGCAACUCUCGCCUACACCCUCGGGACGUUGACAAUGCUGAUGGUUAAGCAGUCCAGCAAGACAAUGCAAUUCCACGAGGACAUGGCGUCUCUGAAGGCCUAUGCUGCCCGCACCAACCUCCCCAGCGACCUGCAGCGCCAGCUGAAGCAGCAGCUGCGCGUGCAGCUGCAGAUGCACAAGUCGGACACCUCCUCCUUCCUCUCCAGCAUUCCCCACCACCUUCGAGUCACCGUCUCGCGCCAGCUCUACCUCCCCAUCAUUGAGAACCUUGACGGAUUCUGUCUCUGCUCCAAGCCGUUUCUUCACCAGCUGGUAUCAGAGAUGGACGUGGAGACGGUCAUGCGGAACAACAUUGUGACAUCAGAGGGGGACGUGGCAGCACAUCUCUACAUCGUGCUCUCGGGGAAACUCGUGCGCGAGGACGGCCCUGCAGCAGCUCUCAACUACGGGGGCUCCUCGUUCCUGUCAGCAGGGUCAGUUUUCGGCAAGACAGCAGUGAUGUGCAACGUGCCGCAGCUGUUCACAGUGCGAGCGCUGGAGCACAGCCAGCUGCUGCGCCUCUCCAAGUCCGCCUUCUCUGCCAUCGCCAAGGCCUACCCCGCCGACUCUGCUGUUCUUUUCUCCGCCCUCAAGCAGAACAUCGGGCCUGCUGCGCUUGUCCGCACGCCAUCGGAGCUGGCUGUCUCGCAGGGCCUGGCUCGCAACACGCCCACCUGGAUGAGCUUCACCUCCACCCCCGAGGAAGACGCAGUGGCAGAGGGAGCAGAAGGAGCAGUCAAGGGAGGAGGAGACUUCGCAGGAAAGGGAGCAGCCGCAACGAUUAUUAAAGUCGAGAUGGCAGAAGGGGGGGAUACCGCAGGGUUGCAGCCUGAUGCUGAUGCUAUCGCAAGUGUAUGCGCUGCUGCCAGUGCUGGCAACGCCCAUCGCCUGCAGCAGCUGCUGCAUUCUGCUCCUCGGCUCGCCCGUGCCCACGACUACAACGGCCGCACCCCUCUGCACGUGGCAGCAGCAUACGGCCACGUUGCCUGCAUUAACGUGCUUCUGCAGAAUGAAGGGGUCGAUGUGAAUGCAGCUGAUCGCGGGGGCUCCACACCUCUCCUGGAGGCAGUGAAGAACGGCCACAGCAAGGCAGCGCAGGCACUGCAGGCAGCCGGCGCUGCUCUCCUCCUCAAAGACCCCGGGGCUACUCUCUGCCAGGUCGCUGCCUCUGCUGCUGCUGCUGCUGCUGCUGCUGCUGCUGCUGCUGCUGCUACUGCAGGUGGUUCUGCCUCUGCUGCUGCAGCAACAGGGACAGAUGCAGGAGAAAGCAAGAGUGCAGCAAGUGCCACUGCCACCGGCACAGUGGGCUGCAUGACUAGUGGUAGCAGGAAAGUGGUCUGCAGCCCUACUGGCAGCAGCAGCGGCGGCAGUGGCGAUAUAGAGACGGGUGUUCCUAUAAAGGAUGAUUCUGAGCUCGCAACCCCCACUGCCAGCAAGAGCGGCGGCAGCAGUGUGGAGUAUUUGGAGCGGCUGCUGGCAGCAGGAGCAGACGUGAAUGCGCAGGACCAUGCUGGCUGCACUGCCCUGCAUGUUGCCUGCGCUAACCGCAGCAUCGCCGUUGCUAAGAUCCUCCUGUCUCACGGAGCCAAUCCCCACCUAGAGGAUGCCAGUGUCACCACUCCUUACGAUAUCGCCAAGGCUUCCCUCUCGCCCCACCUGCUCUCUCUCUUGGAGGGCUCGACUUGAGGAGACUUGUAAGGGCAACUCGUUUGUUGCUUGAAUUUAACGAUGCUUGCCCACUCAGCUUUCUGCGGAGUUUAAGCACGGCAUUUGUGGUGCUAUAAUGCUAGGUUACUUGACGUGCGCUGAUGGAUUUUGAUACAGUUUCUUCAUGUUUUGUGCUCUAUAAGUGGGCUAGCAUUGUGGGAUAUGAGAUUGAAUGUUUGAGCACGUGUUUCCUUGACGUGAUUACCGAUAAGAAGCGAAACUACAGGGUGU